AUGCAAGGGAUCAGUUUCCAUAGUCUUGUGUGUCCAUACUGCGGGAACCACAUCGUCACGGUGACCACCCUGGUACCGGGCACCCUCACCUGGCUUCUGUGCAAGGGCAUCUUCAUGGCCGGGUGUUUCACGGGCUGCUGCUUCAUCCCCUUCUGUGUGGACAGCCUGAGGGACGUGAGGCACACGUGCCCCGUGUGCCAGCAAGAGCUCUUCUGCUGUAAAUGCCAUUAA